AUGACCCAAAUAAAAUCAACAGAGCAGUCUCCUUUGUUGACUCCCCCGUACAUCCGCGCUCUCUCUCCAGAACUUCCCCAGUCCACGAGUUUUGAAUCUCUCCAAAGCUCCCUCAUCGAGACCCCCAUUCGCAGCGCCCCAGUGCCAAAUAGUUCUGGAGAGCUUAUCGUGUACACGGAGCGACGCUACACCCCGCCACCAACCACACUCCAAAGCGCAAUAUGGGUUAUUGACCUGAACUCAGCUCGACGGUGGCCCAUUCCUGACACUGCCAACGCCAGCUAUCCUCAGUGGCUCGGUCAUAGCGACCAGUUGAUCUGGCUGGAGACUCUAGAGAAUGGGCACACGCAGUUUGUGGUUGGGGAUGCACGUCUUCAGAGUCCAGGUUACAUUGCUGGCUCGGUUAGCGGGCCCGUCUGGGAUCUUAGGACUGCUGGUGUUGUUUUCAAAGAGGAUCGUGGUGACGAUGACGACCUUUCUUUUGCUGUCAUUGGCGAAGCUAAUCCGGAUGGGACACUCUAUAAUCCCCGGAUUGAUGUAGGAGGAACUGGCGGCCCUGUGCAGCUGAAGGCUGGUGGUGCUGUAUCUGUGGCAACGGCCCAUAAUGGCCAUGAGUAUAAAGAUGCUCGGAGGACGGACGUUAUCUGGUUUGGAUGCCUUGGUAACCAAUCUUAUGAGAUAUUUCAACCUAGGAGAUGUCUCCCUGGAGGUAUCACAAGGCCACGAACACAAUCAUCGCGAAGUCUGUCGGGACUUCUACAUGACCUGUGGGUCAUCAUGUUUGCUGCAAAAGACCCAGAAGUGGAUGGGGCGAGGCAUACGGCUAGCUCAUGUUACAUCUGCCCUGUGCUUGACUGGAACGGGCUACUUGUGCCUGAUGACUAUUACAAAGCGUUCCGACAUCGCGGCCUGGGUGGUACUAUCUCAUCGCCAGCUGCCAAUAAGAAGGGGGCUGUGGCAUUUCUAUCUCAGAAGGAAGACGGAUAUGCCGCGGACAAGAAUCGGAUUAUUCUCGUCAACGACCUUAAUACAGGGGCAUACAGGGAGAUCUUUGCAUCCGCUGAUGGCAAGGGGAUGUGGGAUCUUAGCCCUUCCAGUGCCUCUUUUGCCUCGGAUGGUCAUUUGCUGCUCAAUGUGGAGGAACAGGGCAAGAGAGUGUUGUACAAGGUGUCUCCGAUGAACGGCAUAGGUGACCGUGAGCCUACCCCAGCAGACGUUGUAAAGAUUGAGCCUCCGUUUCCGCACCUGAGCUCCAUAGAUGAGGUCACGCAUGUGACUGAGACAUCCUCAAGUGUCCUAUUCGUCUGUGACAGUUUCAUUCAUGAGCGCGAAUUCAUACUCAAGGACUUGAUGACUGGAGAAACGCGUGAACUCCUCCAGAACUCCACACGCGGCGGAUUAUUAGAAAAUCAAAUCGCCGAGAUCUGGUACCCCAGCACUAAUAACCGCAAUAUCCACGCAUGGGUGAUCAAGCCAGCGGACUUCAACCCGGAGAAGAAAUACCCACUCGUCUACUUGAUCCAUGCCAAGCAACAUGGCAGCUGGAUAAGUUCCUGGGGCCAUGAUCCUACAGGCUUGAAUCUGAAUCCGGUGUGCCUAGCCGAGCACGGCGGCUACGUGGUCGUCGCCCCUAAUAUCACCAGAAGCAGCGGAUACGGCCAGGGUUUUGUGGAUGGCAUGCGGCACUCGUUUGCCGGUGCACCAUACGAGGACCUAAUGCAUGGCUUCAGGUAUCUCCAGACAGAACCAUCCUUAUUCUAUAUCGACACCAGCCGCUCCGUGGCAGUAGGAGGCCCCCGGCUAUGGUGGAUACAUGAUAAACUGGAUCCAAGGCCAGGAGCUAGGACGGAAGUUUCGCGCUCUGAUAAGCUGCAAUGGCGUUCUCAACAUCAUGUCCCACCUCUCCAGCGCCAGCGACGUACGGCAAUCAGUUAUGCAUGA